AUGGCCCUCUUCCAGCUCUUCCUCCUAGCCGCAUCCCUUUCACACCUCAUAACCGCGUCUCCUCCCAAAGUAAACACGACAGCCUACCCCGCCUCCGCAGUCAUCACCCGCGACAUCUGCAUCAUAGGCGGCGGCUCCACGGGUACCUACAGCGCUAUCCGCCUUUCCGACUCCGGGAAGACCGUCGUCGUCGUCGAAGCCAAAGACAGACUGGGCGGCCACACAAACACCUAUACUGACCCUAGUACCAACGAAACAGUCGACUAUGGCGUCGUAUACUUCCAGAAUCUCGACGUUGUCAAGAAAUACUUCGCCAGAUUCGACAUCCCGCUCACGGUGGCCCCGUCCGCGGUGCCUGGUCAGGUGACUGAAUAUGUGGAUUUCAGCACCGGGAAGAUCGUAGCUGGGUACGCUCCCCCUGAUCCGUCGGCCGCUUUGGCAGCGUACGGUGCUCAGUUGGAGAAAUAUCCUUAUGUGGAAGCUGGUUUUGAUCUCCCGUAUCCCGUGCCUGCGGAUCUGCUACUUCGGUUCGGUGAUUUCGUAAAAAAGUACAACCUCGAGAAUGCCGUGGGGUUCCUAUUCAGCUUUGCGCAAGGACUUGGGAAUUUGCUGGAUCAGUACACAUUGUAUGUGUUCAAGAACUUCGGCAUUGGUGUCUUGCAGGCUCUGCAAACCGGUUUCUUGACCACCGCAAGACAAGACAACAGCGAGAUCUACGAAAAAGCACGAGCAGAACUCGGAUCGGAUGUCCUGCUGCAGAGCCACGUCAUUGCAACAGACCGAAGCGGCGACGACGGCGUGAAAGUCCUAGUGCAGACACCUCAGGGCGUGAAACUGAUCCUCGCAAAAAAGCUCCUCAUCACCAUCCCGCCCAAACCGGACAACCUGAAAGGCUUCGACCUCUCCACGAACGAAAGUUCCUUAUUCUCCCAAUUCGUCAACAGCGCCUACUACACCGCCCUCCUCCGCAACACCAACAUUCCCUCCAACAUCACCCUCACCAACAUCGGCUCCAGCACACCCUACAACCUCCCCUCCCUCCCGGGGCUCUACAGCAUCUACCCAAGCCGCGUCUCCGGCCUCUACGACGUCAAAGUCGGCUCCGCACUCGCACUUCCCGACGCGCAGGUCCAGGCGCUGAUCGUCGAGAGCGUGCUCCGGUUGCGCACCGCCGGGACUCUGAACGCGACGGCGCCGGAGUUCGCGGCGUAUGCGAGCCACACGCCGUUCGAGCUGACGGUGUCGGAGGAGGCGAUCCGGGGCGGGUUUUAUCGGGAGUUGUACGCGUUGCAGGGGCAGCGGCACACGUGGUAUACCGGGGCGGCGUUCCAUACGCAUGAUUCGUCGCUGCUGUGGCGGUUUACCGAGGGGUUGAUACCUGGUAUACUGGCGUGA